AUGGACGAUACAAAAGUCACGAUACCCUUCCCAGCCCCAUCCAAGCAGGUUGCGGGUGAAGUCAAUGGAGUUAAGACAGACGUCAUGGCAAUAUCUUUUGCAGACAAAAUCAUGAUAACGAUUACGCAAAACGGUAGAUUGGCCCAGUGGAUUACCGUGCCACUGUUGAGUGACAAUCCGACACACUCGGAUCCAUAUUUCCAAACCAUCAGUUCUGACAAUGAUGCCCUGCUUCCAUCAGCCCGUUUCCAGCCACGCACGCUUCUCGGCGCCGGUGGAUCGGAUCGUGAGACUGUGGGUCAGCUCUACGCUUCACAGAUUGCCAGUGCCAUCACUACCAAAACGCCUGACGAGUCUCGCUCUCUCAUGCUUGGACUCGGAUUGGCCAAGGCUGAUGUUGAUCGAGAUGUCUUCCUGCAGAUCAUCGAUCUUGUUCUGAAAGUCCUUUGA